UGUUUGGGCUGCAGAAAAAGCGGAAGCGCGCUUUUCAAAGUCGUCCCACCAUCGAUGAAGACAGGCCACUUCCGGCGUAGCCAUGGCGGCUAACGCUACUACCAAUCCGUCGCAGCUGCUGCCGUUAGAGCUUGUGGACAAAUGUAUAGGAUCAAGAAUUCACAUCGUGAUGAAGAGUGAUAAGGAAAUUGUUGGUACUCUUCUAGGAUUUGAUGACUUUGUCAAUAUGGUACUGGAAGAUGUCACUGAGUUUGAAAUCACACCAGAAGGAAGAAGGAUUACUAAAUUAGAUCAGAUUUUGCUAAAUGGAAAUAAUAUAACAAUGCUGGUUCCUGGAGGAGAAGGACCUGAAGUGUGAAUGAGUUUCCUCAACUUAAGAUUUUGUUUUGUCUUAUAAUGACAAGAAAAUGGAAUUUUUUUUUCCCACUUUCUAAUGUUUAAAUCCCAUAAAGCUAAGUUUCCCGUUAAAGGGAAGUGCUUUGAAGAUGUGUACCCAUUUUUGUAAGUUAAUCAUGAUUAUCCUGGAAAAAGAAGAAAAGAGCUUCUUCUUUGUAGAUGAAAAUAAAGGUGUUUUUGGUUAA